CUCUUAAUGUUUUUUUUCUCUUUUUUGUGAAAUAAGAAGCUGAAAAAAGUGAGGAUUCCUCUGGAGGAGCAGGCCUCUCUGUCUUACAUAGAACAUACAGCCAGGACUGUAGCUUCAAGAACAGCAUGUACCAUGUUGGAGACUAUGUUUAUGUGGAGCCAGCAGAAGCCAAUCUCCAGCCACACAUAGUUUGCAUUGAAAGACUGUGGGAAGAUUCUGCUGGUGAAAAAUGGUUGUGUGGCUGUUGGUUUUAUCGGCCAAAUGAAACAUUCCACCUUGCUACACGAAAAUUUUUGGAAAAAGAAGUUUUUAAGAGUGACUAUUACAACAAAGUACCUGUUAGCAAAAUCUUAGGCAAAUGUGUAGUCAUGUUUGUUAAGGAAUACUUCAAACUGUGUCCAGAAACCUUUCGAGAUGAAGAUGUUUAUGUCUGUGAAUCACGGUAUUCUGCCAAAACAAAGUCUUUCAAGAAAAUUAAGCUAUGGACCAUGCCUGUCAGUUCCGUUAGGUUUAUCCCUCGUGAUGUGCCUCUGCCUGUGGUGCGUGUUGCUUCUGUGUUUGCAAAUACAGACAAAUUGGAUGAAGAAAAACACACUGAAACUUCAGAGGACAGUAAAGGAGCAGACACUUUCCUUAACCUGGAAAAGGUAUGAGGAAGAAAAUCAUAAAGAGUUUUACAUUAAAAAAAAA